CCAGCUUUCCCAGUUCAAAAAAUGAAAAUUACUAGUAAACCCAAGAGAAGAUUUUAGAAAAGAACAAAGGAAGAAAAAAAAACACUUUACACCUACCAACACGCUCUCGCAAAAUUUAGACCCCAUUUGCUUACCCUAUUUAUCCCUCUCUCUGGAUUUUAGCUGUUAUCACUGCAAAAAGGUCUAUUCUUUGUUCUGGGUUUUCGAGUUUGAUCCGGGUUAUCCAAAAUUCGGAUCCAGAAAGCAUGUCAAUAGAGUCCAGCACUUGGUCAGGCAAUCACAGCAUCAAAGGGAUACCAACUCAUGGCGGACGCUACGUUCAGUACAACGUUUAUGGUAGCUUAUUCGAAGUUUCCAGAAAAUACGUCCCUCCAAUUCGCCCCGUCGGCCGUGGUGCUAAUGGUAUUGUCUGUGCUGCCGUGAACUCCGAGUCGCGGGAGGAGGUUGCUAUCAAGAAAAUUGGCAACGCUUUUGACAACAGGAUCGAUGCCAAGAGGACUCUGCGAGAGAUCAAGCUUCUUCGUCACAUGGAUCAUGAGAAUGUGAUUGCCAUCAAAGACAUCAUACGGCCUCCACUGAAGGAGAACUUUAAUGAUGUCUACAUUGUUUACGAACUCAUGGACACUGAUCUUCAUCAAAUCAUUCGAUCUAACCAAUCGUUGACAGAUGAUCAUUGUCGGUACUUCCUAUAUCAGGUUUUACGAGGGCUGAAAUAUGUACAUUCAGCAAAUGUUUUGCAUCGUGAUUUAAAGCCCGGUAAUUUGCUUCUGAAUGCGAAUUGUGACCUUAAAAUUGGAGAUUUCGGGCUUGCGAGGACGACAUCCGAAACUGAUUUUAUGACAGAAUAUGUAGUUACUCGCUGGUACCGGGCACCAGAAUUGCUUCUCAAUUGUUCUGAAUACACUGCUGCAAUCGAUAUUUGGUCGGUGGGUUGCAUACUCGGUGAAAUCAUGACUAGACAACCCCUCUUCCCUGGCAAAGACUACGUGCAUCAGCUGAGGCUCAUCACAGAGCUUAUAGGUUCACCUGAUGAUUCAAGUCUUGGGUUCCUUCGAAGUGACAAUGCCAGAAGAUACGUUCGACAGCUUCCACAACAUCCAAAGCAAAAUUUCGCUGCUAGAUUUCCUAACAUGUCACCUGGUGCUGUUGAUUUGCUUGGGAAGAUGCUCAUCUUCGAUCCCCAUAGGCGCAUUAUAGUCGAUGAGGCUCUAUGCCACCCUUACUUGGCACCUUUUCACGACAUCAACGUGGAGCCUGUUUGCCCAAGGCCAUUCAGUUUUGAUUUCGAGCAACCAUCUGUUACAGAAGAAAACAUUAAGGAGCUCAUCUAUAGAGAAUCUGUAAAGUUCAAUCCAGACCCAAUUCAUUGAGAUUUAUGUGUUUGUAUGUGCCUCUGUUAAGUGAACCUAGCGACUCGUUUGCUGAAAUAUAAGUUGUAGGACUCGUCAGUCCCUUCUGAGA